AAUUUGUGCAAUAAGAAAACUGAAUAAGAAGCAUCACAAAAUGAAAUAAAAAAAUGAUUAGUCACAUCAAGGCUUGGUUCUCCAGCAAAGCAAAAAUAAAUAAAGCAAGAGAAAGGCAAUAACAAGUGCGCGCUCGAGUAAACAAAACAAAAAACUUUAGCACUAAAAGAAUAAAAAUGCGCAACACUUGCUUUUAGUUUCACCGAGGCCGUUGCGAAGUUGAGACGUUGUUCGCAUUAGAAGUGUUGUUGUUGUUGUUGUUGUUUGAAUGUUAUACAAAUAACGUAAAUAUAUUCAACAGUUUAAUUCAAUCUUAAAUAGACAAGUGAGUUCGGCCGAAGAGGAGAAGCGCUUUGUUUGCAUUUUUCUAAUGUUGGCUUACAUUUGGCUAAUGCAAUAAGAAUUCCAGUUAAUGGUUGCGUGCCGAGUACAUUUGUAUAUUAAAAAUUAGUUGAGGUGGUGAAUUAUAAACCAACCACAACAAGUCUUAAAAUAUAAACACAACAAACAAUUAAUCGCAUUGAUUUAAAUUGUGUGUACUUGGCAAAAAAAAAAAACUUCAUAAAAAAACAUCAAAAAAAUGUCUAAAGAAAACGAUAUUGAAAUAAGCAGUAGUCCGGAAAAUGCCGCUGUCAGUGUAACAACAACGACAAUAACGACAACCAUAAAAGAUAUGACAGACUCACCAUUAAGAGUACAAAUUUCAGAUAAUGAAAAUAAUGGCAAUGCACCAGUGCAGACAGCGCAACAACAAAAAAAUAAAGGAAAAAUGGAUGCUGAGCCUUCCCUCUCCAAUUUUAAGGUGUUAUAUGUGCUGACACAGUUAUGUGGUCUCACAAUGAUUGCGUUGGUUGGAAGUUGGAUUGGAGCGCACAUGGGCGGCUUGGGAGGUACUGACAAUCCCUCACUCGAAUUUAACUGGCAUCCAUUAUUAAUGACUAUCGGUUUGAUAUUUUUGUAUGGCAACUCAAUUCUUGUGUAUCGAGGUUUUCGUAAUAUGCGAAAGAAAACACUUAAACUAGCGCAUGCAAGCAUCCAUAUGGGAGCUUUUAUACUUACUGUUAUCGCAUUGAAAACUGUCUUCGAUUCUCAUAAUUUGGCCAAGCCGGAUCCGAUACCAAAUAUGUAUUCGCUUCACUCUUGGUUGGGAUUAUCAGCCGUCAUUAUAUUUAGCAUGCAGUAUGUAGCUGGCUUUGUAGCAUUUUUGGUACCAGGAAUGAAGGAGUCAUUUAAAAUUGCUCUCAUGCCUUUACACGUAUACUUUGGACUGUUUGGAUUUGUUUUAGCCAUUGCAAGUGCAUUAAUGGGUUUAACUGAAAAAGCAAUUUUUGCAAAACUUUAUCCCGAGUUAUUAAGUUCUGGUGCGAUGGCAAAUAUGUGCGGAGUGUUGUUUGUGGUAUUUGGUGGUUUGGUAGUUUACUUGGCAACAGAAUCAACAUACAAGCGAAAACCCCUACCUGAAGAUACUGUGCUACUGACUGGUGCCAGCAAUUAAACUUAAGAAAUUCUUGAAGUUUAUAGCGAGUCUUUUCUAUGGGUGCUUCAUCGAAUUUGACUAAACCAUUUAAUCUUAUAUUGGUUCUAUCUUAUAUAAUUUCGUAUCUCAAAAUAUCGUUAGUGCUCAAUAUUUUCUGUGUUAAUGUACUUAUUUUCUAUUGUAAUAUUUUUACAUUAUUUUAUUUUUACACGAAUAUUUAAUAAGCACAAAACCUGUGGUGCUUUAUAUUGUCACAAAUAAUUUGAUUUAGUAAAUAGUUUUAAAAAGUAUAUCCAGAAUACUGUAUGUCGGUAAGGGCUAUGUUAUACAGACAAUCAUAUGAUCGCCUAUCACCACAUUUCUUCUUGUUGCAACAUUGAAAUAAUUGAAAAUAACAACAAAUGUGGCCAUCGACAAUCAUUUGAUCGUCUGCAUAACAUGCUCCUAAGGAUUAUAAACAAAAAAUACACAAAAUUUUAACGUGCAGCACAAAUUUUUGUAUUAUUCAAGCUAUGUACAUAUUCUUACAUAUACGAUAUAUAUAUAUAUAAUUAUUGUAUGUUAAAUUAUUUUUAUUGUCUGUUAAUAAAUGUGCAUAAACACAUAUACGAGUGUUAAAUAUAUAAUUAAAUAUAUUGCUUAUUAAAACGUU